AUGAGUGAUCCUAUGGAGCGCAAGUCAUACGGCGACGCUCCAAGCGUCGAGAAGGCCACCGCUCGAGUGGAAGAUGCCUCUAACCUCGACGAGAAAGCGCAAAGCGCUCUGUACAAGGCGGCUGCUGUCGAGGCAGAGAACGCAGAGCACGACAUGGGGGUGCUAGAGGCUGUUAAGGCGUACCCUAUGGCUGCGUUGUGGGCUUUUGUCAUGUCUUGCACUAUUAUUAUGGAGGCCUAUUGUGUCUUCCUGAUGGGUAAUUUCAUCGCCCUGCCUGCGUUCGCGAACAAGUACGGUGUGUAUAGCGCCGAGAAGGACAAAUUUGUUAUCGUGGCCAGUUGGCAGUCUGCGCUUCAAAUGGGUGGACCAGUUGGUGCAAUUAUCGGCGUCUGCCUGGCUGGUCCCCUUACCAGCCGUAUCGGAUACCGUUGGGCGACCAUAUCCGGCCUCAUGCUCUUGAACGCCUUUAUCUUUGUGUUCUAUUUUGCCGAUUCGCUUCCGGUCAUGUUCGCAUCCCAGCUUCUCGAAGGAAUUCCAUGGGGCAUCUUCAUUGCCAACGCACCAGCAUACUGCAGCGAAAUCACACCGAUCCAACUGCGAGCUCCUGCUACCCAGAUGUUACAAAUGUUUUGGGCCAUUGGUGCUAUUAUCGUAGGUGGCGUCACCUAUCAUUUCAACAGUAAGCUUGAUCCAAGCGCGUAUAGAAUUCCUAUUGCGCUUCAAUGGAUGUUCCCAACCCCUCUUGCUAUACUCCUCUGGAUGGCGCCCGAGUCGCCCUGGUGGCUGGUUCGAAAGGGACGUCUCGAAGCAGCAGAACAUGCGGUUGGACGGUUGGGACGCAAAACGAGGCUGAACCUCAGCGAGGCUGUUGCCAUGAUGCGCCGUACCAUUGAGCUCGAGAAAUCAGUCAAGGAGCCCAAUCACCUGGAACUGUUCAAAGGCACUGACCUCUACCGGACCGCCAUUGUGUGUGGUGUAUACGCGGCACAGAACCUUACGGGUAACCUCAUCGCCAAUCAGGCCGUCUACUUUUUCGAGCAGGCUGGCAUGUCGACAGAUACUGCAUUCGCCAUGGGUCUUAUCACCUCCGGCCUCCAGUGGCUCUUUGUCAUGCUCUCCUGGAUACUCACCUCAUAUCUUGGCCGACGUACCAUCUACGUCUGGGGCUCUCUCAUUAACGUAGGCUUCCUCAUCGCUCUCGGUGUUGCAGGCUCUGUUGGCGUCUCGAAUGCAGCUUCCCUGGCGCAGGCUUCUUUGGGCCUCAUCGUCUCCGUAUUGUUUACCUUGGGACCUGCGCCCGCAUCGUGGGUCAUUAUUGGAGAGACGUCCGCCAUCCGCCUUAGGCCUCUAACAACGGGAAUUGGACGCGCUUCAUACUACAUCGUGAACAUUCCUUGCAUCUUCCUUGCAAGUUAUAUGCUCAACCCUGAAGAGGCAAACCUCGGCGGCAAGUGCGGCUACGUCUGGGGUGCUACUGGUUUUGUUUGCUUCGUCUUGGCAUACUUCUUCUUGCCUGAGAUGAAGGGUCGAUCCUAUCGCGAGAUUGACAUCUUAUUCAAGCGUAAAGUCCCGGCUCGCCAAUGGACGAAGACUGUCGUCGAUAUUCAAGAUGACGAGUAG